UUGUGUGUCUGAAUUAUUAUUUUUAUUCAAAUUCAUUGUGUACGAAUUAUCUCUUUCUUUCAGCAAAAGAAGACUUUUUUGAGAAGAAGAUUUUGUGAAGGAGCAAACGCAACAUGGCCGAUCCUGUAAUUGGUGCUACUGUUCAAGUUUUGCUUGAUAAGUUGCUUUCUCUCACUAUUGAGGAAUUCAGUAGCUCAAGGGACUGCAACAAAGAUCUCGAAAUGUUGACACAAAAUGUAUCCUUGAUCCAAGCUUUCACUCAUGAUGCCGAAAGACGACAAGUUGAGAAUCUGUCUGUGAAACUAUGGCUCAACAUGCUUGAGAGAGCUGCUGAAAAUGCUGAAAAUGUAUUUGACAGAUUCAGGUAUGAAUCUCUCAAACGACAAGUGAAGAUCCGAAACAAUCCAAAGAGAAAGGUCAGUGAUUUCUUUUCUCAUACUGCUUUUAAGAACAAAAUGUCUCGAAAAAUCAACAACAUUAAUGAGGAGUUGAGGUCUAUCAAUAAGGUAGCCAAAACCCUUGGGCUCCAAGCACUCAUGGUUCCUCCUCGGAAAAUACUGCCAAUUCGAGAAACAGAUUCCAUAGUAGUUGCUUCGUAUGUUGUUGGCAGAGACAACGAUGCUGCUGAAAUAAAGAGGAAGAUGUUGAACAUUAGAGAUGAUGUUGUUCUGUGCACCAUUCCCAUAGUGGGCAUGGGGGGUUUAGGGAAAACAACUGUGGCCAAGAGAAUUUUCAAUGAUGAACAGAUCGAAAAACAAUUUGAAAAGAGAGAAUGGUUGUGUAUACCUGAAAUGACAGAAAUUAAGAGCUUUCUUAAACUGAUCCUCGAAUCAUUGACAGAGAGGAAAGUUGAGGUCCUGAGCAGAGAUAUAAUAGUCAAGAAGCUCCGAGAUGAACUGGCAGGAAGAAAGUAUUUACUUGUCCUGGAUGAUUUGUGGCGUGUUGACUCUACAUUGUGGGACGAGUUUGUGGACACCUUGCGAGGAAUAAAUACAUCCCAAGGAAACUUCAUUCUCGUUACUACUCGUAUGGAAUUGGUGGCGUCCACAGUAGCAGCAGCAGGUCCUCAUAUGUUGGAAAAAUUAGCAGAAGAUCAUUGUUGGUCCAUUUUCAAACAAAGAGCAUUUGUUGAUGGGAAAAUUCCAGAGGAAAUAGUGAGCAUGGAGAAAAGGAUUGUUGAGAUGUGUCAAGGUCUACCAUUGGCGGCUAGUGUGCUGGGAGGCCUCUUACGCAGUAAGGAAAAACAUGAAUGGAAGGCAAUUCUUGAUGGCAACCCCCUUGUUGCAGGUGAAAAUGAUAAAGGAGAAAAGAGCAUAAAGAAAAUCCUAAAACUCAGCUAUGAUUAUCUACCAUCUCCACAACUGAAAAAAUGCUUUGCUUACUUUGCAAUGUUUCCAAAAGAUUUUGAGUUUGAAAAGGAACAACUUAUCCAACUCUGGAUGGCAGAAGGCUUUCUCCAUCCAUGUCAAGAGACCACUGUGAUGGAAGACGUUGGGCACAGGUUUUUUCAAAUCUUGUUGCAGAAUUCCUUGCUACAAGAUGUUGUGUUAGAUGAACACAACAAUAUAACACACUGUAAGAUGCACGAUCUUGUGCAUGAUUUGGCUGGAGAUAUCUUAAAAUCUAGACUAUUUGAUCCGAAGGGCGACAAUGGAGAAAAACUUUCUCAAGUUCGAUACUUUGGAUGUGAGUCACCAACGGAUCAAAUAGAUAAGAUAUAUGAGCCAGAACGUUUGUGCACACUGUUUUGGAGAAGCAAUUAUACAUCUAAAGAUAUGCUGUUGAACUUUAAGUUCUUGAGAGUUUUAGAUUUGUCCAGUUCAGGAAUCAAGGAGUUGUCAGCCAAAAUCGGGAAGCUGAUAUACUUGAGAUAUCUUGAUCUCUCGAACACUGAGAUCACAGCCUUGCCCAACUCCAUUUGCAAGCUCUAUAAUUUGCAAACAUUUAGAGUCAUCAACUGCUUUUCACUCCAGGAACUUCCAUAUGAGAUGAGAAAUAUGAUAAGCUUGAGACACAUAUAUUACACUUCUGUUGACGAAACAAGUGGGCAUUGGGGAGGAUGGUGUCUUCACAAUGAACAUUUUCAGAUUCCACUUAAUAUGGGGCAAUUGACUAGUCUUCAAACCCUCAAGUUUUUCAAGGUAGGUUUAGAGAAAGGUCGUCAAAUAGAAGAAUUAGGUCAUUUGAAAAACCUAAGAGGUGAAUUGACAAUCAAUGGUCUCCAAUUGGUCUGUGAUAAAGAAGAGGCUCGAACAGCAUAUUUACACGAUAAACCAAACAUCUGCAAGCUGGCAUAUUUAUGGUCCCAUGAUGAAUCAGAAGGCUGUGUGAUCAAUGAUGAGCAUGUGUUGGAUGGUCUUCAACCGCAUCCUAACUUGAAAACCUUAGCAGUAGUGGACUAUUUAGGGACUAAAUUUCCUUCAUGGUUCAGUGAAGAGUCGCUACCAAAUUUGGUUAAGUUGAAAUUAAGUGGUAGCAAAAGGUGCAAAGAAAUUCCAUCCCUUGGCCAACUGAAAUUCCUUCGGCAUCUUGAGCUGAUAGGAUUCCAUGAGUUGGAAUGCAUUGGACCUGCUUUAUAUGGUGUUGAGAUUAGAAAUACCGGAUCAAACAGCAAUAUCCAAGUGUUCCCGUCAUUGAAAGAACUAGUAUUGGAGGAUAUGCGUAGCCUUAUUGAGUGGAAGGGAGAUGAAGUCGGAGUAAGAAUGUCUCCCGGGCUUGAGAAGUUGCGGAUUACAGACUGUCCAUUGUUAAAAAGUAUUCCAAAUCAAUUUGAAAUCCUCUGUGAAUUAGAAAUUAGAGGAGUUGACAGUGAAAUGCCAUUGUUGAACUUGUGCAGCAACUUGACAUCUCUCGUAAAGCUUAGUGUCUAUGAUAUGAAUGAGCUCACUUGUCUUCCAGAUGAGAUACUACGUAACAACGUUUCUCUUCAACAGAUAACGAUUUUCAACUGUGGAGAGUUUCGUGAAUUGCCACAAAGCUUGUACAAUCUCCAUUCUCUUAAGAGAUUAGACAUUUACAACUGCACCAACUUCAGUUCUCUUCCUGUUCCCAAUGGAGACAACUAUUUGACUUCCCUCGAAUUCUUUUUCUUAUAUAAUUGUAAUGGAUUGAUCAGUAUACCAAUUGGAAUGCUAGAUCAAUGCCGGUCUCUAGAGUUUUUGCAUGUCAGCUGCUGUAACAACUUGGUUUCAUUCCCUUUACAUGUGUGGGAAAUGCCUUCAUUUUCAUUUUUGGAUAUAAGAGAAUGUCCCAAAUUGAUUAGUGUACCCAAAGUGGGCCUUCACCAUCUCACCGGGUUAUUGAGUUUGGGAAUUGGUCCUUUCUCAGAGAUGGUGGAUUUUGAUGCAUUCCAAUUGAUUUUUAAUGGCAUUCAGCAGUUGUUGUCCCUUCGUGAUCUGGAGGUGUACGGACGUGGGCACUGGGAUUCUCUGCCCUAUCAGCUUAUGCAACUCUCUAACCUAAGAGAGAUCACAAUAGCUGAUUUCGGAAUUGAGGCUCUUCCUCCUAGACUUGACAACCUUACUUCUCUUGAAAGUUUGACGCUAGACAGGUGCAAACGGCUACAACAUCUGAACUUCUCAGAUGCCAUGCCCAAAUUACGGCUUCUGUGGAUAAGUGAUUGUCCAUUGGUAGAAGCUCUGUCGGAUGGGCUCGGCAACCUUGUUUCUUUGGAAGAAUUAUAUUUACAGGACUGCGAAAAACUAGAGCUUCUACCGUCCCGAGAUGCCAUGCGACGCCUCACUAAAUUAUGGAACAUGGGAAUUAAAGGAUGCCCAAAGUUAGAAGAAAGUUUCACCAACUACUCCCAGUGGUCCAAAAUUUCCCAUAUUUCAAAUAUUGAAUUAGGUAGCCAUUAUAGACGUCUCAGUGGUAAAUCAAGCCAAAUCAUAUGAGCAGCAGGCAAUUACGUAAGAGGAACCGCCACUGUUAUUUUGUAUGAAGAACAAUCUUCAACUGUAGACUCAUUAUGGGACACUUUCAUGAGUAUUUGGGUACUGAACAACCUUUUCGGGGAACUACAGUCUACAUAUGAAACAUCAAAAACUCAAAAGCGUAUAGGGUGCUCAAUGAGAAGCUACACGGGGUCUAUUCUCCAUGACAAUUUCUCUGUUCAUUAAAACUUCCGCGAAUGAAGGACUUCAACAAAGAUAGUUGUGAUGAAUAUUUUUGCAAAGGGUGACCCAUUGGCUCUUAAAAUGUCCUUAGCAGUAUACGUUCAUCUUAAACAGAUUCAUGUUUGAAACUCCAGCAUGGACCUUGUCGAAAUGCUACUUGUGUUAGACGUGUUUGAGUGUCAUGAUUGGCAAGGGAAAUUG